AUGGCGAAAGCGAUACAACCUUCCGCUCCGGCGGAGGCGGAACCAGGGUCUUCACGACGCAAGGCGCCGGUCGAUGCGAACCGCAUCCCGGGUUCGGCCGCCUCGAUGCACGUCCAGGAACGCACGCAGCGUGCGUCGGCCUCUACGCCUGCCUCCAGUGUGGCGUCUACAUCCAAGGCAGCCGCAUCGGCGCUACAAAGCAAGGGAGCGAUAGCGGCGAUGCAGCCGUUCCUCGACUCGAGCACCACCGCUGCGUCGCCGAUCGAGCCGACCGACAUCCAGCUACUCACUACGUCGAUCCUGUCCAACCAGGAGCGCCAGCGCGUGAUCCUCUUCUACCAGGAGAAGCUCAUCCACUCGGAACCCACGCUGUCCGAGCUCAAGCAGUCGCUCCUCUUCCUGUCGUCCGCCUCGUGGGGGCAGAUUCUGGAGGAACGAAAUCUCGCCCACAAGUGCUCCUACCCGCCGUGUCCCAACAGCGCCCCGGCAGCAGCAGGACCAGGCGGAAGGGGCAAGUUUCGCAUCGACCUCAGGAGCAAGUCGGUAAAGGCAUUGGAGGACAGGGAUCUGGGAGAGCCAGGCCACACGUUUGAUGAGCUGCGCGAUCUGUUCUGCAGCCGUACGUGCUAUGCGCGCUCGGAGUGGAUCUUGCGCUGGGUGCUGUCGGAUAAAGAGAUUGGGCUGCGCGACGAGCCUGCGAAAGGGGACAGCAGAGGUACAGCGGUGUUGGGCGGCAAGUGGCAGAAGCUCACGGCGCAUCCGGGUGGGUACGAAGACUUGGAGCUGCUCGAAGAUCUGGAAGCCCAACAUGGCCUCGACCUCGACGCUCCCGACGAGGCGGCUGAGGCGUUGGAUCAUUCAGGCCCAGAUGCGGAGCCUAGUACGCCAACCGCACCCACGCGCUCGACGGGUCAUACCAUGGAGGAGGUGGACAAAGCGCUUGGUGGGCUCAACAUUAUCGAGCGUGGCAAAUCUGACGGCGCGGCACUACACACACCGAGCAAACCAGCAACCCCUGCCCCGGCUGCAUCCACUGCGACAGUCAAGACGGUUCCGUCACGUACGGCGUAUACCGUCGAUGUGCCCAACACUGUCGGCACGCGGUUCACGCCCACCUCCGCUGCUCCACCCGCGCAGGACGAGGAAGAUGAGAUGGACGCGCGCGAGCGCGAGAUGGGACGCAUCCUGCGUUUCGCCUCCCUGGCAACAGGCUCGCGCCCCCGGCCCAGGAACACCACGCUGCGAAUCGAUUUCUCCUCCUCCGCCACCUCCGCCCCACCCUCAACUGCGGACGACGAACCAAUCGAUCCACCCGACGACCCCAGCAAGGCAGCAGAACGUGCUGAAAUCGCACGAAUCAUGGACCAAGCCCUCGCUGUGCGCCACGACCAGCGCCAACAGGGGCUCCUAGACUGA